GGUGCGUCACGUGAUGGCUGAAUAACGGUUCCCUAUUGGCCAGAUCUGAUCUUGGCCUCACUUAGCGGAGUGUCUCUUCACACUUUUGUUGUGGUCUCCCACUCUUUGCUCGGCCCAGCGCCCACGUCCACUCUCAUGCUUUUCUCACACGAACUCACUUUUUCCUCCGAAUCUCGCCAUGCGCGUCCACCUGCUCUGCCUGUGGCUCGUCAGCGUGCAUGCGUCCCGGGAGAACCGAGGAGGGCACCGGGAGGGUGGCCAGCGUGGUGCCGGGCUGCAGGCACGGAGUCCGGGUGAGGUGAGGGGGGCCGCCGGGCAGCACCCAGGGAGAGCCGCCAAGAAAGGGUCAGGUGCAUAUGCAGACAGGUGUUGUCAGGUGCGAUGGAUCACAACCAACAGGUGUGUCAAACGGAGGUGUCUCCCUGGUUGCCGUGGCGCUGCCUCAUGUCCAAAAGGUCAGUGUGUGGUUUCGAAGGCAACGACGUCACCAUCCAGCGGCGCUUCCUACAUCUCAAUCACAGCCCCUGUCCUAGCCCUGCCCUCCUCCAGUGCUACUCCAGGAGUCAAAGAUCUUCAACGCUCCGCUGAAGCACCUCCUGUGGGUGAGCGUGUGAGACUCCUAGGAUCUGGAGUUGAAGGUGACAAAAGAAGAAGUCUGCAGGAGGGACAGGAGGCCAAGUUCUCCGCUGAGGAACGUCCAAACUCCAGCAGAGAGAGCAGACAGUCUCAGAUUGAGGACAUGAAGCCUGUCGCAGCAAAGAAGACUUUUCUCAGUCUGCGCGAGGCCCAGGCCGUACUGCUCAAGAAAACUGUGGGAGGAAGAAGAGACAAGAUCGCCGCCGCCCUGGUGAAGCACAUAGAGAAAGAGAAGAAGAAACUUGGAGCUUCGACGUCAUCGUUUGUGUCGAGCAACGUGAGGACGUCAAAGGCUCGGGAGGGAAAUGUCACUACAGUUCUGUGUCCACUGCUGUGUAAGAACGGCGGCGUCUGCCUGCUGAAGGACCGCUGCCUCUGCCCGUCAAACUUCACUGGAAAGUUCUGCCAGAUCCCCGUCGCCCAUGCAUCCACCCCCUCCUCCACCAAUGAAGUCGUCGAGCCCGCCGGCCUGUCAGUCAUGGCGGCCAAUCAGGGGCUGACCCAGUCUGAGUUUCUCCUGCCUCUGGCAGGUCCGAACCAGGCUAUAGGGAGACCAGCAUCAGCUUCUAGUCCCUCCAUGGUGAAGGUCAGAGUGCAGCACCCCCUUGAGGCCAGCGUGAAGGUCCACCAGGUGAUGAAGGUGUCUGGAUUCUUCCCCGCGCUGCAAGCGCUCUCAUCAGCCACGCAAUCCGGAUCAGCGGGGGCUCCUGCACCAGCCGGGCUCGUGGUCCAGGCCCAAACGACGAGGGGGGAUGGCGUCUACACCCAACACUCGGGCUUCAAAUACUGCUUCAGAGAGGUGAAAGACGGACAGUGUAGUUCUCCUUUGCCGGGGCUGAGGAGCAAGGAGACGUGUUGCCGGGGUCUCGGGAAGGCUUGGGGCGCCACAGACUGCGUCCUCUGUCCUAAACAUGCAGCAGGUCCAAACAACAGCAGCUGUCCUGUUGGCUUCGAGCGAGGCAACGGAACCAAAUGCGUUGAUGUGAAUGAGUGCCUCCAGCCAGGCCUUUGUGAGAACGGCGUGUGUGUGAACACCAGGGGGAGCUAUAGCUGCGUGUGCAAGCCAGGCUUCAUCCUGGAUGCCUCACAUGGAAUUUGCAUCUCCCAGACUGUGAUAGCAGAAGACAAGAAUCAGUGUUACCGGGUUCUGGGUUCGGGUCUGGGCCCGUCCUCCUGCUCCCUGCCCAUCCUCAGGAACAUCACCAAACAGAUCUGCUGCUGCAGCCGGGUAGGGAAGGCCUGGGGUCCUGACUGCCAGCGGUGCCCAUACUUCGGGUCAGUGGCCUUUAAGGAGAUCUGCCCUGCGGGUCCUGGCUACCACUACUCCCCCUCCGCCGUGCAGUUCAGCCAGAGAGCGGCAGAGCAUCUGGGCACCCAAGGGGCUCAGCUGGUAACCCACCUGGACCAAGGUGAGACCACUAGUUCUCAGCCGAAACCCCCAGCAAGAGAGACCGUGAGCUCAUCCAACCGAACCAGUUCACCUGUCAGUACCCCACCCUCUAGACACGUAAACCCGGUGAACACCACCCGGCAUAAACCUCAAACUCCAGGCAGUGCCGGCGUCCGGCCGACCCGCCCACGACCGACCAUAUCGACGAGGAGAUCACCACAGCAAUCUAGUGGGGGUCAAGAUACGAGCGGGAGUCAGAACCAGGGCACCGGAAGAAGCCAAACUUCCAACCAGAACCAAGAAUCAAGUGGCAAUCGCAACACCAGCCAUACUCAAGGUACCAGCAGGAACCCAAGUCCCAGUGGGGGUCAAAUCACAAGCAGGAACCAAGGAACUAACCAGAACCAAGGCACUAGCAGGAUCCAAGGCCCCAAUGUGAAUCCAGUUUCCACCCAAAACCAAGGAACAAGUGGCAAUCGCAACACUGGCCAGACUCAAGGAACCAGCAGGAUCCAAAAUCCCAGUGGAGGUCAAGGCACAAGUAGGAACCAAGGAACCAACCAGAACCAAGGCAUUAGCAAGGACCAAAGUCCUAGUGGAGGUCAAGGCACCAGCAGAAACCAAGGAACCAACCAGAACCAAGGCAUUAGUAGGGACCAAAGUCCUAGUGGAGGUCAAGGCACCAGCAGAAACCAAGGAACCAACCAGAACCAAGGCAUUAGUAGGGACCAAAGUCCUAGUGGAGGUCAAGGCACCAGCAGGAUCCAAGGUGUCAGUGGGAGUGAAGAUCGGCCGACUGGACGAGGAGAUUCUCUGCCAGCUUCGGCUCAACGGAUCCCCGAGGGAGACUCGAGAACCGGUGGACAAUCCCCGCCACCUAAGAAGCCGACGACGCGUCCCCCCCGCGUCCAGUCAUCGCAGGAUGUGUGCGCGAGCAAACCAGGUGUGUGUGGCGGUGGUCGCUGUGUGUCGCAGCCAGGUGGGAAACACACCUGUGUGUGUGAUCAUGGAUACCAGGCCAACUCUGAGCGCACGCACUGUCAAGAUGUGAACGAGUGUGUUCAGCCUGGAGGUGUAUGUUCGCCAGGAGAGUGUGUGAACAGCGCAGGCAGCUUCCGGUGUGUGUGUCCGUCGGGAUACAGCAGCGACGCUGGGCAGAGGAGCUGUCAAGAUGUUGACGAGUGCCAGCGGAGCCCCUGCGGCAGCGACGCCCGCUGCCACAACACCGCCGGCAGCUUCAGGUGUGUCUGUCGCCACGGUUACAAGCUCAGCGGCAACACCUGCACAGACGUGGACGAGUGUGAGGAUCCUCUGCUGUGUCCGGGUCAGCAGUGCGUCAACACUCAGGGUUCCUACCGCUGCGUGUCCUGCCAGCCUGGACACGGACUUCUCAAUGGACUCUGCACAGACAUCGAUGAGUGUCGUCAGGCUCCCUGCUCCAACGGUCGCUGUGAAAACACACCUGGGAGCUUCCGCUGCGUCUGUCGCCAUGGUUACAAGCUGAAGAACAACACCUGUACAGAUGUGGACGAGUGUGCAGAGCCGUCUCAGUGUCCUGAUCAGGUGUGCGUCAACUCUGUGGGAUCCUAUCGCUGUGUGUCCUGUCAAACUGGCUACACACUGACCAACAGACAGUGCACAGAUGUAAACGAGUGUAAGGACGAGGCCUUGUGUCCGGGUGGGCGGUGUGUCAACACUGAGGGGUCCUAUAAGUGUGUGGACUGUCGCCAAGGCUACCACGCUGUGAACAGAGUGUGUGAAGACAUCGACGAGUGUGCGAGUGCCUCAGCUUGUGAGGCGGAGGGCACGUGUGUCAACACUCUUGGCUCGUUCCGUUGCGACUGUCUACCAGGGUAUCGAACCUUCGGCCGGGGGAGACAGUGCAGAGACAUCAACGAAUGCUUGGAGGAGAACUGGUGCCCCCCCACGGGAGAGUGUGUCAACACAGCCGGCUCGUACACGUGUGUGUGUCCUCAAGGAUUCUCCCUGGGCAGCGACAACAACAGGACCGCCUGUGUCGAUGUGAACGAGUGUGAGCGGUCGAGGGCGUGCGCAGACGGCGACUGCGUCAACACCGACGGCUCCUUCCUGUGUCGAUGUCAUGAUGGCUUCACCAACAACCCUGAGAGGAACACCUGCCUCGAUGUGGACGAGUGUGUCUCGUCUGGCGGUUCAGUCUGUGGCGCGCUCAGGUGCGAGAACACCAUCGGUUCUUACCGUUGCCUCACUUCCUGUGAUCCGGGCUUCCAGGUGUCUGCUGCUGGUCAGUGUGAGGACGUGGACGAGUGUGUUAACAGGACGGUGUGCGGCGAUCAUGCCGUCUGUCAGAACGUGGUCGGAACGUACGUGUGCCUUUGCGACCAAGGUUUUACCUCCACCUCUGAUGGAAAGUUCUGCGUGGACGAGGACGAGUGUGUGUCCAUGCCAGGUGUGUGUGGCUCUGCUCGAUGUGACAACAUGGAGGGGUCCUUCAUGUGUGAAUGUGACACACCUGGAGAAGAGUUUGACACCACGAGUAGACGGUGUGUGAGCACCCCGCCGUCACCACCACAGCGAGGGACGUUCCCCAUCGGCUCCUCUUCUCCGUCGUCCUCCACCUUCCAUGCCGGUGUAUUUGACCUUGCACCGGUGCUGCCCCGCCUGCCCGCGGCCGGCCCCGGCGAGCUCAGAGAGUGUUACUACAACCUGGCCGACAGCGGCUCCUGCAGCCUGCUGGCCGCCAACACCAGCCAGCAGGAGUGCUGCUGCACGCUGGGGGAGGGGUGGGGUCUGGGCUGCCAGUACCACGCCUGCCCCCUCAUCGGCACAGCGGACUUCCUGUCGCUGUGUCCGAGUGGGAGAGGAUACGUGUCCACAGGAGCUGGAGCCUUCAGCUACACAGAUGUGGACGAGUGCAAACGCUUCUAUCCAGAGGUGUGUAAGAGCGGAGUGUGUGUCAACAACAUUCCUGGGUACAACUGCUACUGCUCCAGUGGAUUUGUGUACAGCAGCACACUGCUGGAGUGUGUUGACCUGGACGAGUGUGAGCAGGAGACGUGUUUUGGAGGCCAGUGUGUCAACACAAUCGGUUCGUAUUACUGCAGCUGUCCGCCGCCUCUGGUGCUCGACGACACCCAGCGCAACUGUGUCAACUCGUCUCACCUCAACCUGGAUGAGAACCUGUCAGUGUGCUGGCAGACCGUCAGUGCCGACUUCAUGUGUCAGAGUCCCCUCUUGGGGGCGCAGGUCACCUUCACGGACUGCUGCUGUCUGUAUGGCGACGGCUGGGGCAUGGAGUGUGCCCUCUGCCCUGCCACCGACUCUGAUGACUUUGCCAGCCUGUGCAGCUCGUUUGCUCCUCCCGUGUUUCCCGAACCUUUCCCGGACUCGACUGGACCAGAGACACCCGAACGAGGAAGAGUGGGAGCUCCCCUGUUCUUCCCUCCCUUCAGUAGCGACACUUUCCCCCCCAGCACGGACUACGGUGGUCCCGAGGACUAUGAGGAUUACUCCCCAGGAGGGGGUGGCCGGCCUCGGGCCAGCCUCAGCCUGCCUGGUGCCGUUUACCGAGGAGAGCCCUUUGAUGGUUACUACACCGACCCCGGUGGAUCGCCGUUCAGGCCUUCGGACCCCCAGAUGGAGCGGGCCUUCGGGGCUGGGCCGCCACCACCCCCGCCCCGGCCUGGCACUCCUCCUCUGGGCCUGGCUCCUCGACCAGGAGCCUACGAGGAGGAAGAGGAGGACUCUUGGGGGCCGGGCCCGCCGUUCCCCCCCUUCGGUGACAGGAGCAGAGGGGGCGGGGCCCUGAGAAGGGUGUAUGAGAGGCGUUACGACUCCUACGCCGGACUGAGCGCGGCGGAGGAUUGUGGAUUCCUCCACGACUGCCAGAACGGCAGCUGCAUCCGCGUGGACGAGGGCUACACCUGCGACUGUUACCACGGUUACCAGCUGGACAUGACCACCAUGACGUGCACAGACGUCAACGAGUGCGAGGACGGCGUGGACGUGGACUUCCCGUGCGUGAACUCACGCUGCGUCAACACGGACGGCUCUUUCCGCUGCGUGUGUCGGAGAGGCUACGUCAUGUCCCGCAGGCCCAACCACUGUGUGGCUGCCUAGACUGCUCCAUAGCGGUCUGGAUAUGAAGACCUGUAUUAUUCACUUCCAACUAAACAUGGCCAUUAGCAUUGGUGUUAGCUUGAAGCUAGCUACGAUUAGCUUCUACAAAGUCGGUCAAACGGCGAAACAAUGAAACAAUUCCCGUUCUCCAUCAAGCAGUGAUUGAUAUUAAAGCCCUCCUAAAGUCUUCAGAUGUUAAAACAAACAUCUAACAGCCCCAACAAGCAUUUGAAGUGCCUAGCUAAAAGCUACAUUCGUAGUUAGCCAUUAGCUUACUGAUAAGCAUGCUAGGAACUGAAAUGUUAGGAAAUCUUUUUUUUUUAAAAGCCUCAACUUAAUUUUUAAUAUUUAAUUGUGUCCCCUUGAAUAUGUUGUAACUACAUCCGACAAAACCCCAAACUUGAUUUAACCUCUUAAGGCCCAAGCUGUUUGUUUACAUGAUAUUUUUAUUUCUCUUUGCUAUUUGGACUUAUUGGACCCUAAUUAGAAUAAAAACUAAAAAUCAUUUUAUAUGAUGUACUUAGUCCAUAAGUACACAAACGUGUACUUCAUGUGUAGUGACAUGCUCAUUUUAAUUUUUACACUUUUUUUUCCCAAAUUCCAUUAUACAAACCCCGUUUCCAUAUAAGUUGGGAAAUUGUGUUGGAUGUAAAUAUAAACGGAAUACAAUGAUUUGCA